AUGGCUCAAGGCGCACCCAAGAGCACCUGGCAGCCCGGAGACACUGUCUCGGACGCUAAUCGCACUGACGAGCUCGUAAACGGCGUUGUUCAUCGCCCCGAGUUCUUUGAGCACAUCGAUGCGACAAUUACCGCACUGGAUGGUGAUCUCUUCGAUCUCAAUCAAGACAUUCAUGAUCAUCCAGAGCUGCGGUUUGAGGAACGUCAUGCGCACGACGUGUUGACUGCAUUUAUGGAGAAGCAAGGCUUCGAGGUCACCCAUCACCACCUCCUCGAGACCGCGUGGGUCGCCAAGUUCACGCGCGGGAACGGCGGUCCGACCUUGGGUGUGAACUCGGAAAUGGACGCUCUCCCCGGCAUCGGACACGCCUGCGGGCACAACUUGAUCGCAAUCUCCGGCGUUGCGGUUGCGUGCGCAGCGAAGGCGACGAUGGAAAAGUUCGAUAUCUCUGGCAGCAUCGUCCUGCUCGGCACUCCAGCGGAAGAGGGUGGAUCUGGAAAAGCGAUCCUCCUCGAGAAAGGCGCUUAUGAAGGCAUGGAUGCCUGCUUGAUGUGCCACCCUGCCCCAGGCCCUCCCUACUCUGCGAGCCUGAGCAGUUGUCUUGCGCUUCAACGGAUCGUUGUCGAGUUUCACGGACACACCGCUCACGCGGCACUCUCGCCCUGGGAAGGCCAGAACGCGGUCGACGCGGCCGUGCUGGCAUACAACAGUAUCUCCGUACUUCGGCAACAGCUCAAGCCGACGCAUCGUGUUCACGGUAUGUUCGAAGGACGCGAUUGGGCGCCGAACAUCAUUCCAGAUUAUGCGAAGAUGACCUGGUAUGUGCGGGCGCCGACGCGGGCCGAAGUCCACGUUGCGGUGAAGCGCGUUACCGCGUGCUUUGAAGCGGCAGGUCUCGCCACUGGCUGUAAAGUCGAUAUCCAGAUGGGAAACACGACAUAUGAUCUUAGGCAAAAUACUGCGUUAGGGGAGGAGUUCGCCGACGUUUUCACGAAGAAGUUUGGUCCCGUCGACUACAUCUACGGCAUUGCUCAAGCCUCCACGGACUUUGGAAACAUUACCUACGCGCUGCCGUCUCUGCACCCGUCAUUCGCUAUCCCGACGAAGGGCAGCAACCACACACCCGAGUUCACCGAAGCCGCUGGUAGCAAAGAGGCGCAUCAAGCGUGCCUAAACAUCUCAAAGGUGCUCGCCGCGACGGGAGUACGUCUACUAACAGACGAGAAGUAUCUCGCGAGGGUGAAGGAGACCUUCGCAGAGGACCUACGCCUGCGUCAGGCAGAGGCUGAGAUGGUGAAAGCUUGA